CAUACAAACCGCUGUUAAACUCAAUAGAAGGAGGUCUCAACCCUACAGAAAAGCAGGACCUAUAGACCAGCACCCUUAUCAUACAGUUCUUUUGACAGUGUGCACAUUCUGCACAGACUUAUUCUGCAAUAACAGACAGUAUUUGUUGGUGUUCUGGUCCAAAAUCAGCAGCUAUGGAUUUGGUGUGGCUGGUGAGUUUGACUGUGAGCUUCGGAACCUGGUUCGCCUCCGCAGAGAGACAUAGCGUCUUCUGGAAUAUCACAAACCCAAAUUUCCUAUGGGAUGAGUACACAGUGGAGGUGAAAAUCAACGACUACCUGGACAUCAUCUGUCCUCACUACACGCGUGGGGAGCUGCCGUCCCAGGAGGCCGAGCGGUACGUGCUGUACAUGGUAGAGAAGGAGGACUAUGAGGUGUGUAAGCCCCACUCCUUCGACCAGCUGCGUUGGGAAUGUUCCCGGCCCUUCGCUGCCCACGCCCCCGAGAGGUUCUCCGAGAAGUUCCAGCGCUUCACCCCCUUCACCCUGGGCAAGGAGUUCAGACAGGGAGAGAGCUACUACUAUAUCUCCAAGCCGCUGCAUCACCACGGCCAGGAGUGUCUGAGACUGAAGGUGGAUGUGGUUGGACCUCAUGGUUCUGGGAAGGCCAAGGCUGACAAAGGCAAGGAUGGAGCGAUGGAGAAAGCGAUGGAUGGAGGAAAGGAAAAGAUGGGAGGAGGAGGAGGAGGAGGAGGAGGAGUGCACAACCCCUCCAACAGGCUUCCAGCCGAUGACCCUACUGUGUUGGAGCCGAAGGUUCAGAAGAGUGUGGGUAGUUCAGGUGUUCAGCUGGUCUCCCUGUCGGUCUUCUUCACCCUGUUCCCCGUCCUACUAUCCCUGUUACUAUGUUGAGACUGAGUUAAAGACCUAGCUACAGAGACACUGUCAACCCAAUGCUGGACAUUGGCACAAAGAAGAUUUUUAUAGAUAUUUUUAUAUUUGCAACUGGACUGAACUGCUGUGUGUGUGUGUGUGUGAUUGGAACGUGGAUCGUUCCAGAGACUAUGAUCUUCAAGAGUAUUUUCUGAAGGAUGUUUUUCUACAUGUUUUUGUAAAUGAAAGAGGAUGGAUGCUAUUCCCCCUUUUUUCUCCUUUUCACUCCAUUUGAAAUGUAUGGACACUUGGAAACCCCACUGACUCUGGAACAGAUCUAACUGGAAACGUGAUGUACUAAUCGUUAUUAGAAAACUGACAAAGGGAUAAUUGUUUUCAUGAUUACCCUGAAUUGAAUUGUAACAGUGAUAUACACUGGGUGUAAAAAAACAUGAUCAGCACCUUCUUAAUAUUGAGUUGCACCCCCUUUUGCCCUCAGAAAAGCCUCAAUUCGUCAGGGCAUGGACUCUACAAGGUGUCGAAAGCGUUCCACAGGGAUGCUGGUCCAUGUUGACUCCAUUGCUUCCCACAGUUGUGUCAAGUUGGCUGAAUGUCCUUUGGGUGGUGAAAGAGUAUUGAUAUACACACAGGAAACUGUUGAGUGUGAAAAACCCAGCAGUGUUCCAGUUCUUGACACACUCAAACCGGUGUGCCUUGUACCUACCACCAUACCCCGUUCAAAGGCACUUCAACCUUUUGUCUUGCCCAUUCACCCUCUGAAUGGCACACAUACACAAUCCAUGUCUCAAUUGUCUCAAGGCAUAAAAAUCCUUAUUUAACCUGUCUCCUCCCCUUCAUCUACACUGAUUGAAGUGGAUUUAGCAAGUGACAUCAUAGCUUUCACCUGGUCAGUCUGACAUGGAAAGAGCAGGUGCUCCUAAUGUUUUGUACACUCAGUGUAUAAUGUGGGUACAUAUUCUUGGUUCAAUCUGAAAUAGUUUGAGCCAAAGCCUACAGUAGUCCUCUGAAACGGCCUCAUGUUUCCUCCUCUACAUGUAGAGACUAUUGAUGUAUAUAGAUGUAUAUGUAUUAACUGACCUUCCUCUAAGAACGGUUCAUGUCUUGUUUAGUGUAGUAGAUACUCAGGUCAAUGGGGAUGUUUCUUCUUGACAUGUCACUAAAAUCAAACUAAAGUGUAUUUGUCACGUCCACAGGAUACAGCAGGUGUGAACAGUACAGUAAAAUGCUUACUUACAAGCCCUUCCUCAACAAUGCAGUAUUCAAUUAUAAUUCACUGUACAAAACCCAAUGAUGUGAUAGAUGCAUACUCUAAAGCACAGAUUAGCACACACUAGAACAAAACACACAUUCUAUGUUGUAGAUAUUCACAGAUAUCUACAUAACCAGAUCCUCUGUCAUUGAGAUGGUACAACAGCUUCUUGUGAACAAAUUGGGCUUGUUUUAGUCAUUGCUGGUUUGCUUUUGUAUGUCUUUAUGGUUUAGUGUUGAACAGAUGUGUGUGUGUAUAGGAACGAGAUGGAGGGAAUGGGAAUUGAGGGGAAGGAGGAGAGCAAAGCGCUAAUGACAGGAUUCUGAGUGGGUGUUGUGAUUGCAUGACGGCUGGGAGCUGUGCUUCCUUCCUUUACUGAUGGUCAUUCAUCGCAUACUCUGAUAUACUGUAAACAACGUCACACAAACAACAUAACUGGUACACUGGACAUUAUGGUGUGUGCACAGUAGGUUGGUGGCACCCUAAUUGGGGAGAACUGACUCGUGGUAAUGACUGGAGUGGAAUCGGUGGAAUGGUAUCUCAUACAUAAACACAUGGAUGCCAGGUGUUUGAUUCCAUUCCAUUAGCUCCGUUCCAGACAUUAUUAUGAGCCGUCCUCCCCUCAGCAGCAUCCGGUUUACAGGUGUUACACAAAAUGCAAAGGAAAUCCCUACAUACAGACACUGUAUAGUAAUUUUGUUUUUGUAAAUCUUUGUAUGGAAAAUGUGUACAUUGUGAAAAAUAUGGAAAUAACAGCAUUUGUUUAAAAUGUGAAAACUUUAAUGUAAUUAAAAAACAGUGAUAUAAUAAA